GCGAACGGGCCCUGUGGUUGGAAUGGGGCGGAGGGGACAGCGGCUGCGGGGUCCGCUGCCCCACGGCGAGCCCCGCCCCACCGGGAAGUCCCUGUUGCCCCACGGCGAGGCGUCCUGCUGCCCCACGCUGAACUCCACCACGCCCUGGGAAGGUCUCCUGCCCCACAGCGAAGUCUUCUGCCCAAUGGAGGACCCUGUGAUCCGCAUCCCCCCCUACCACUAUGUCCAUGUGCUGGACCUCAACAGCAAUGUCACACGUGUGGAAGUUGGCCCCCACACCUACAUCCGGCAAGACCACGAGAGGGUGGUGUUUGCGCCCCGGCGCAUGGUGAUGGUGCCGCCGCGGCACUACUGCGUGGUGUUGAACCCCGUGGUGCGGGGCCCCACGGGAGCCGUGCUGGUGGAUGGAGCGGGGCAAGCGCGGCUGCGACACGCCGACCUUGAGAUCCGCCUGGCACAGGAGCCCUUCCCGCUCUACCCCGGCGAGGAGAUCCAGCAGGGUGUCACCCCGCUGCAGGUGGUUCUGGCCGACACCGCCCUGCGCCUGCGCGCCCUGCUCGACUUCACCGAUGAAGAUGGGAAUAAGUUUGUGGCAGGAGAUGAGUGGCUCUUCGAGGGUCCCGGCACCUACAUCCCACGCAAGGAGGUGGAGGUGGCCGAGACGCUGCAGGCUACGGUCAUCGGGCACAACCAGGCCAUCCGCCUGCGGGCACGCAAGGAGUGCCUGGACCGCAACGGCACCCGCCGUGUCACAGGGGAGGAGUGGCUGGUGAAGCGGGUGGGCGCCUACCUGCCCGGUGUCUACGAGGAGGUGGUGGACAUUGUGGAUGCGUACAUCCUCACUGACAAGAAAGCCCUGCACCUGCGGGCCACGCGGACCUUUGAGGACGAGCAGGGCUGUGUGCGGCGCACGGGUGAGGAAUGGCUGGUGACCCAGGCACAGAGCGAGGCCUACAUCCCCGACGUCUUCGAGGAGGUGGUGGCCGAGGUGGCGGUGACGACACUUGGCCCCCGGCAGUACUGUGUGGUGCUCGACCCCGUGGGGCCCAACGGGCAGCCCCAGCUGGGCCAGCAGCGCGUUGUCAGGGGGGAGAAGUCCUUCUUUCUGCAGCCGGGUGAGCGGCUCCAGGCUGGCAUCCAGGAUGUCUACGUGCUCUCCGAGGAUGAGGGGCUGCUGCUCCAGGCACUCCAGACCAUCAAGGACGUCAGUGAGAAUGCGAAGGAGGUGAUACGGUGUGCGGGUGACCGCUGGCUGGCCCGGGGACCUGCCGAGUAUGUGCCACCAGCUGAGGUGGCUGUGCUGGAGCGACGCCAGGCUAUAGCACUUGCUGACAAUGAAGGCAUCUACGUGCGUGACAUCCGCACAGGCAAGGUGCGGGUGGUGACGGGCCAGACCUACAUGCUGACCGAGGCCGAGGAGCUGUGGGAGAAGGAGCUGCCCCCCAGCGUGGAGGCACUGCUGGCUGAAGCCCGUGGAGACAUCCGUGAUGGGGAUGCUGGGUUCCGUUCCUCCUCCUGCCCGGAUGCUGAGCUCCCCCAGCGUGACCGUACCCGUGCCGUCACGUACCAGGUGCCCCACAACGCUGCCGUGCAGGUCUAUGACUACCGGGAGCGGCGGGCACGGGUGGUGCUGGGCCCCGACCUGGUGGUGCUGGGCCCGGGGGAGCAGCUGACAGUCCUGUCCCUCUCGGCUGGGCGCCCCAAGCGUCCCCACGCGCGCCGCAGCCUCUGCCUGCGCCUCGGCCCUGACUUCUGCGCCGACAUCGUCACCAUUGAGACGGCCGACCACGCACGCCUGCAGCUCCAGCUGGCCUACAACUGGCACUUUGAGAUUCCUGAGGACCCCAGCGCCCUGGGGCGUCUCUUCAGCGUCCCCGACUUCGUGGGUGACGCCUGCAAGGCCCUGGCCUCUCGCGUGCGUGGUGCUGUGGCCGCUGUCACCUUCGAUGACUUCCAUAAGAACUCCAAUCGUCUCAUCUGCUCGGCUGUCUUUGGCUUCGACGAGGCUGGGCGGCUGCGGGAGCAGCUCCGCUUUGCCCCUAAUGGGCUGGUGGUGACCAGCGUUGACAUCCAGAGCGUGGAGCCCGUGGACCAGCGCACUCGUGAUGCCCUGCAGCGCAGCGUCCAGCUGGCCAUCGAGAUUGCCACCAACUCCCAGGAGGCUGCUGCCAGGCACGAGGCGGAGCGGCUGGCGCAGGAGGCGCGGGGGCGCCUGGAGCGGCAGCGGCUGCUGGACCAGGCGGAGGCGGAGCGCGCGCGGCGGGCGCUGCUGGAGCUGGAGGCGCAGAGCGCCAUCGUGGAGAGCGCGGGCGCCGCCAAGGCCGAGGCGCAGGCCAGAGCCGAGGCGGCGCGCAUCGAGGGCGAGGCCGCCAUCCUGCAGGCCAAGCUGCGCGCCGAGGCGGCCGCCAUCGACACCGAGGCGGAGGUGUCGCGGGCGGAGCGCACGCAGGCGCAGGAGGUGCGGGCGCAGCGCGCGCUGGCGGAGGUGGAGGCGGCGCGUGCGCAGGCGCUGGCGGACGUGGAGGCGUCGCGCGUGCAGAAGGUGGCGGCGGCGUUGGGACCUGAGGUGCUGGCGGACAUCGCCCGGGCCGGGCCCGAGCUGCAGGUGAAGCUGCUGCAGAGCCUGGGGCUGCACUCCACCCUCAUCACGGACGGUGCUGCCCCCCUCAACCUCUUCACCACCGCCCGGGGGCUGCUGGGGCUGGCGCUGCCCUCUGAGACCUCUGCGCCCCCCAACCCCACACACUGAGCACCCUGGGGCCUGGGCCCUGGCUCCGGAGCAGCCGGAACCACUCCAAUAAAGCGAGCAGAUGGCAGCACUGGUGUCCGUG